GACUGGAAGAGCAAAAGAGAAGAGACGCUACGUAAAGCGCACGCGCAACAAUUAGUCCAUGCACUCCAGACCAUCACAUUCCGCACCUCUUCCCUGCACCCACUUCUCCACGUUCCUGGUCUUUCAGCUGAUUUUCGCGCGUGCGCGCAGCCUGUUCUCCCGCUCCCUCCCUCUCCCACCCUUGCUCGAAAAACGCGUGCGCAGUAGAGUUCAGGGGCUCCGAGCUGCGAGUUCAGGACUUGAGCUCCUGUCAGUCAGUCAGUCAGAAAGGAUCUUUUCUGUUAACGCAUACUCAUCUCGUCCCAUCCCCAUCUUCCCAGAGAAGGGGAGGCGAAGCGGAGCCCUGACUCCUUCUUCUCCCCCAAUGGGGCAGAAACGACGACAACGGCAGCGCAAUAAGGGAGCCGGAGCCUGAGCCAGAGCGACCCUGCGUCUCCCCUGGGCACGCCCUGUUCGUGUCUUUCGGCUCCGGCCCGGCUGCCUCCGCCGCCGCCAUGGGAGACCCCGCCCCCGCCCGAAGCCUGGACGACAUCGACCUGUCGGCCCUGCGGGAUCCUGCAGGGAUCUUUGAGCUGGUGGAAGUAGUCGGCAAUGGUACCUAUGGACAAGUGUAUAAGGGUCGGCACGUGAAGACAGGGCAGCUGGCUGCCAUCAAGGUCAUGGAUGUCACAGAGGAUGAGGAAGAAGAGAUUAAACAAGAAAUCAAUAUGCUGAAAAAAUAUUCUCACCAUCGCAACAUUGCAACAUACUAUGGAGCCUUUGUCAAAAAAAGUCCCCCUGGAAAUGAUGACCAGCUCUGGCUGGUCAUGGAGUUCUGUGGUGCUGGUUCUGUGACAGAUCUAGUGAAGAAUACUAAAGGAAAUGCUCUGAAGGAAGAUUGUAUCGCCUACAUUUGCAGGGAGAUCCUCAGGGGGCUGGCCCACCUCCAUGCCCACAAAGUGAUCCAUCGAGAUAUCAAAGGCCAGAAUGUGCUGCUUACAGAGAAUGCAGAAGUUAAACUAGUGGACUUUGGGGUGAGUGCUCAGCUGGAUCGAACAGUGGGCAGGCGGAAUACAUUCAUUGGUACCCCCUACUGGAUGGCCCCAGAAGUUAUUGCCUGUGAUGAAAAUCCUGAUGCUACCUAUGACUACAGGAGCGACAUAUGGUCUCUAGGAAUCACAGCUAUUGAAAUGGCAGAGGGAGCCCCCCCUCUGUGUGACAUGCACCCCAUGCGUGCCCUCUUCCUUAUCCCGAGAAACCCCCCGCCGAAGCUGAAAUCUAAGAAAUGGUCUAAGAAAUUCAUUGACUUCAUUGAUACAUGUCUCAUCAAAACAUAUCUGAGUCGACCACCCACCGAGCAGCUUCUUAAAUUUCCUUUCAUCCGUGACCAGCCCACAGAGCGGCAGGUUCGGAUUCAGCUUAAGGACCACAUUGACCGUUCCCGAAAGAAAAGGGGAGAGAAGGAGGAGACAGAAUAUGAGUACAGUGGUAGUGAAGAGGAAGAUGACAUCCAUGGAGACGAAGGAGAACCAAGCUCAAUCAUGAAUGUGCCUGGUGAAUCAACACUCCGACGAGAAUUCCUCCGUCUUCAGCAGGAAAACAAGAGCAAUUCAGAGGCCCUAAAGCAGCAGCAGCAGCAGCAGCAACAGCAGUUACAGCGAGACCCGGAAGCACACAUCAAGCACCUCCUCCACCAGAGGCAGCAGCGGAUCGAAGAGCAGAAGGAAGAACGAAGACGUGUUGAGGAGCAACAACGUCGAGAUCGGGAACAGAGAAAGCUACAGGAGAAGAAGGAGCAGCAACGAAUGGAGGACAUGCAAGCCUUUCGAAGGGAGGAAGAACGGCGUCAGGCAGAACGAGAACAGGAGUAUAUCCGACAUAAAUUGGAAGAAGAGCAGCGACAGCUUGAGAUCCUUCAGCAACAGCUGCUCCAGGAACAGGCCCUACUGCUGGAAUACAAGCGAAAGCAGCUAGAGGAACAGCGACAGUCAGAGAGACUUCAGAGACAGCUGCAGCAGGAACAUGCCUACCUCAAGUCCCUGCAGCAGCAGCAGCUCCAGAAACAGCAACAGCCACCAGCAGCAGGAGACAAAAAACCCCUUUACCACUAUAGCCGGGGUAUUAAUCCUGCUGACAAACCAGCCUGGGCCCGAGAGGUAGAAGAGAGGACAAGAAUGAACAAACAACAGAACUCACCCUUGGCCAAGUCUAAGCCAAACAGCACAGGACCAGAUCCCAGUCCUCCACAAGUCCCUGUUGGGGCCCCUGGGCCCCUUUCCCCAACUCCACCCAUGCAAAGGCCUGUGGAGCCCCAGGAAGGACCACAUAAGAGCCUUCUUGCACACCGGGUCCCACUGAAGCCAUAUGCAGCACCUGUGCCCCGUUCUCAAUCCCUACAAGAUCAGCCAACGAGAAACCUGGCUGCCUUCCCUGCUGCUCAUGAUCCUGAUCCCACUGUCCCCCCACCCACUGCUAUUCCUGCCUCUCGUGGAGCCAUUAUCCGACAAAAUUCAGACCCCACUUCUGAAGGUCCUGCCCCUACACCAGCCCCCCCACCUUGGAAUCGAAUGGACAGUGAGGCCCCUCCUAAGGUGCCCCAAAGGACCUCAUCCAUUGCCAUUGCCCUUAACACCAGUGGAGCUGGAAGUUCACGACCAGCACAAGCUGUCUGUGCUAGACCUCGCAGCAACUCCGCCUGGCAAAUCUACCUGCAAACUCAGGCAGAGGGGGUGACCCCCAGGCCUCCAGGGCCCCCCACUCAACCCCCCAGUCCACCCAGCACCAGUAGCAAUCCAGACCUUCGAAGGAGUGAGCCAGGCUGGGAACGUGGAGACAGCCUCCUCCAGUCUCAUGGACACCUACCACAGGCUGGCUCACUGGAGCGAAACCGAGUAGGAGCAUCCUCCAAGUUGGACAACUCUCCUAUAUUGUCCCCAGGGAACAAAGUCAGACCUGAUGACCAUCGAUCUAGGCCUGGCCGGCCUGCAAGCUAUAAGCGAGCAAUUGGCGAGGAUUUUGUGCUGCUAAAGGAGCGGAUGGCAGAUGAGACCCCCCGACCACCUAAGAAAGCCAUGGACUAUUCAUCAUCUAGUGAGGAGGUGGAGAGCAGUGAUGAUGAUGAAGAGGAGGAAGGAGAUGGAGACCACUCUGAAGAGAGCAGGGAAUGCUCUGGAAUUCGUGAUGGAGACACAGAUAGUGUGAGCACCAUGGUUGUCCAUGAUGUCGAGGAGUUGUCUGGGACCCAAACCCCCUAUGGGGGAGGUACCAUGGUGGUCCAGCGGACUCCUGAAGAGGAGCAAGGACUGCUACAUACUGACAGCAAUGGCUACACUAACCUGCCUGAUGUGGUCCAGCCUAGCCAUUCACCCACUGAGAGUGGCAAAGGCCAGGGCUCUCCAGCUAAAGAUGGAAGCAGUGAUUACCAAUCUCGUGGCCUGGUGAAGGCCCCAGGCAAGAGCUCCUUCACUAUGUUUGUGGAUCUGGGGAUUUACCAGCCAGGAGGCAGUGGGGAUACUAUCCCCAUUACAGCCUUGGUGGGUAGAGAGGGUGGGCGGCUGGAACAGUUGCAGUAUGAGGUUCGAAAAGGCUCUGUGGUCAAUGUGAAUCCCACUAACACUCGGCCCCACAGCGACACCCCUGAAAUUCGAAAGUACAAGAAAAGAUUUAACUCAGAGAUACUUUGUGCUGCCCUCUGGGGUGUGAACCUGCUGGUGGGCACAGAAAAUGGGUUGAUGUUGCUAGAUCGAAGUGGGCAGGGAAAAGUAUAUGGGCUCAUUGGGCGAAGACGUUUCCAGCAAAUGGAUGUUCUGGAAGGACUUAAUCUGCUCAUCACCAUCUCAGGGAAAAGGAACAAGCUUCGGGUUUACUACCUGUCCUGGCUCCGGAACAAGAUCCUACACAAUGACCCAGAGGUGGAAAAGAAACAGGGAUGGACCACUGUGGGGGACAUGGAGGGCUGUGGGCACUACCGAGUUGUGAAAUAUGAGCGCAUUAAGUUCCUGGUAAUUGCCCUGAAGAACUCAGUGGAGGUGUAUGCUUGGGCCCCCAAGCCCUACCAUAAAUUCAUGGCUUUCAAGUCCUUUGCCGACCUCCCUCACCGGCCACUGCUGGUUGACCUGACGGUGGAGGAGGGGCAGCGGCUCAAGGUCAUCUAUGGCUCUAGCGCUGGCUUCCAUGCUGUUGAUGUGGACUCAGGGAACAGCUAUGAUAUCUACAUCCCUGUACAUAUCCAGAGCCAGAUAACCCCCCAUGCCAUCAUCUUCCUUCCAAAUGCUGAAGGCAUGGAGAUGCUUCUUUGCUAUGAGGAUGAGGGUGUGUAUGUUAACACCUAUGGCCGGAUCAUCAAGGAUGUGGUGCUGCAGUGGGGAGAAAUGCCUACUUCUGUAGCCUACAUCUGCUCCAACCAGAUCAUGGGCUGGGGUGAGAAGGCCAUUGAGAUCCGUUCCGUGGAAACAGGGCACUUGGAUGGGGUCUUCAUGCAUAAGCGAGCACAGAGACUCAAAUUCCUGUGUGAGAGGAAUGACAAGGUGUUCUUUGCCUCAGUUCGCUCUGGAGGCAGCAGCCAAGUUUACUUCAUGACUCUGAACCGUAACUGCAUCAUGAACUGGUGAUGGGGGCCCUAGGCUGAAUCGGGGUAGUGGGGUAUAUAUAUCCACUUUGGACAUAAUCCCCUUUGACUCCCCCAACAACAAAAAAGCCAGGCUUCCCAGGCCUCUCCCUAUACCCACCCUGGGCUUUUGCUUUUAUUAGUUUGAUUCACUGGAGCCUGCUGGGAACAUGACCUAUGACCCCUGAAGCUUUUGUGAUCAUGUGACCUCCCCUUUCCCCUCUUAAAAUGUUCUCUUAAAAAAACUGUGCCUGCCCACCCUCCCACCCCAUCCCCACUUCUGGGUAGAGGUACAGUUCCCUCCCACCAGAAAUUAUUUGGGAACCAGCUCCUUCUCUCUGUCUCCCCCACCAAAGAAGAAAGUGCUUGGGGAAGCCUCCCUUUAUUCUGCUGCUGCUGUCUAGGGCAGAGUCCCAGGGCCCCUUUUUUUGCACGCCAGGGGGACUGACUCCCCCAAUGAAUGUACCAGACCCUGGGGGGUGGCAUAGAGACCCGAAGGUGGGGUCACCAGUCACUCCAGGGGAAGGGGGGGAUGGUCCAUGGGGACCAUUUCCUCAUCACUCUCUGAAAGCACUUUAAUCAUUCCCCCCCCUCACCUCCAGGAAAUGGGGAGGGGGGCUGCCAGCCAAAAUAUUCCCCCCCUUUCUAAUCUUAUCCCUCUUUUCCUCUCCUCCAAUGCUCUUCCUUGAUGGGGGGGCCAUGGGGCUGGCUACUGCUCUCAUCUACCCACUAUCCCCACCUUGCUUGCAUUUGUAUAUAGUGUGAGCAGCAAGUAGCCCCCUUCACCCAAUUCCCUGCCCCUAAUCUCAAUGUAGUGGCCUUGGAAACCUCAUUUGUUAAUAAAGACAGAAUUCAACCAAA